AUGGCCGACAACAAGGAUUGCAGCUCGGUCAAGACCUUUGACGGAGUCUCCAAGGUGCUGGAGGAGCAGAAGCCAGCUGCAUUCAUCUUGGAAAACGUUGACAUGGAGCCGAGCAAAACCGGGAGCAGCAAAAACCAAGAUGGCAAAGAUCAGUCGAACCUCGGCCUGGUGUUGGCCAGGCUGCAAAAAUGCGGAUACACAGUCAAGACAGCAAAGCUGCGGUCAGACUCCUUUGGGCUGCCGCAGCGGCGUUGCAGGCUGUACUUUUUCGGCGUGAGGCAAGUUGAGAGGAUGAAUGGGAACAAAGUACUGGAGAACCUUGAGGGCUUGCUCGAAGCCAUGCAGUGCCCUUUGCGGUUCACUCCAGCCCCUUGUCGGAGACUGAAGACGGGCCAGGGCCAAGUGAAAUCUGAUGGAAAACAACAGCUAGCGGAGUUGCUCUAUCCUUCAGACGAUGCGCGCGUGACAGCUGAGCUGCAGCGACUUCAGGCAAAGAAGCUCAAAUCAAAGACCAAGCAGACAGAUGAUGAGACGUCAGCUCGCUGGAUGUCUACGCACAAGCAGCUGGCCGCGGACAGACAAAUGGACUAUCCCCUGAAGGUUUCGGAGAAGCUAGCUGGGGCUCCUUGGUUCCAGCUCCUUCAGAACCGGGAAAAGGAGGCAGUUUGCUUCGUUGAGGAAUGGAACAGGGAGCGCCGUGGAAAGGGCGAGCCUUUGAUCUCUUUUGUCGACAUCAGUCAGACGGUGACCCGCAUGGCGCAGUCCACCGAGGACAGCAAGGUCAUUCCAACGGUGCUUCCCAGAGCGAAGUUUUGGAAUGUUCCUCUGUGCCGAUGGGUCAUGGGUUCGGAGAUGUUGAGAUUCCAGGGCCUGUAUGUGGAGGAGAUGGCCUCCGAUGUGACGGAGUCUGAGAAGCUGCUGGCUGACUUGGCAGGGAACGCCUUCAGCUCAUGCUGCAUUUCAGCAGCAGUUUUUGCGCUGUUGGCGUCCCUGCAAUAUGAGUCAGACUCGGAGGACGAGCAGCUUGCUGCGAUCAGCCAGGCCUUCACGGCCGUUGCCCUGCUGGGCCGCAGGGUCCGCCUUGCCACGGUGCCGGCCAUGCGUGUCCAGCUGAACCAUUUGGAACAACGCUUCGACUCCAGUGGCCGAGUUGGGACGUUCGUGGACGCAGAGAUGCAAAGCUUACGGGAUGAGUGGCAAGUCCUCAUGACGUCCCUCCGUCGGGAUCUUUUGUCGGAAGUUGCCAAGUUGGAUUCCUCCCUGCGAGGUCGCUUGUCGGUGCUGGUGGAAGAGUUGCAAAGUAUGCGACAGGGCAAGAGUUCCAUGCUGAAUGCCGAAGAACUGGCAAAGCGUGCUGCGCAAGUGGCAGAGAGCAACAGCAGCACCUUGGAACAAGUGAAGGUCUUGAAAGAAACUCUGGAGUUGGGUAUCAAAUCCGAAAUUGCAGGCGUCCAAGGCCUCUUCGACGAUCUGACCCACCUCAAGGGCGAGCUGACCAGCUCCGCAGCGGAGGACCGGCAGCACCUGGCGUCUGCCUUGGCGAAGCUUCAAGUGCUUCAAGAGGAGGUGGCGUCCUCCAGCGAGGAGGCCAAGACUUUCCUGCGGGAUGGCGAGGUGAAAAACAAAAGUGUGGAAGACCGGUGCAAGCAGCAACAAGAGAUGCCACUGGGACGGCCACCAGAAGCCACCCAAGUGGCUGCACCGCUGCUCGAGCAGAAAGCAGAUGGACAGGAUGCCAAAUCCACGGCGACAGCAGACGAGAUUUCAGCAAAGGCGGUGGAACACCUCAAGACAAUGUUGAACGCACUAGCGUCACUGCCAUGGUCCAGCAGGCACAUUGACUGCUAUGCCCUGCUAUGGGCAUAA